CAUAGACACAUCCAUAUGAGCACAAGAUCAGCAUAGCCCUUCGUAAGUACAAUCACAAGCUCUUGUAAACUUUCCCGAACCAAGCUUGAAAGGAUUCCUCUGUUACCCGUACGGUGUACUCUGUUAAGUAAACAAGGUCCGAGGUUUGUCUUGUGAACUACUCUUCGACUCUCUCUCUGUUUUCCCCUGUUCUUAUGGCACCCCCGAGUGACGAAGCGCACACUCUCCACAGCCUCCUCCGAUCGAAGAACCCCGAUAACCUGUUCAGCCUAUCGGGCGGGAAUUUGACAGUGAAGGGUGUGCCCAUCCUCUUCGAUGUGCCAAGCAAUGUCUCCUUCACCCCUUUUUCCAGUAUCCCCAUUUCCUCCGAUGCCCCGGCUCCCCUGGUCCAGCGAGUCGAGGCCGGAGCCCACAAGGGUGGGUUCCUCGGGUUCAAAAAGGGGGUACCGUCUGAUUACCUGAACAACUCCCUAGGGAAGUUCACUGACAGGGAGUUCUUGAGCAUAUUCAGGUUCAAGACAUGGUGGUCCACCAUGUGGGUUGGGAGUUCGGGUUCUGAUCUUCAGAUGGAAACUCAAUGGUUGCUCCUAAAUGUGCCAGAGGUCGGGUCGUAUGCUCUCAUCGUGCCUAUAAUAGAGGGCAGCUUUCGGUCCUCCCUUCAUCCCGGUAUCAAAGGGCAUGUCAUGAUAUGUUCCGAGAGCGGGUCAAGCCAAGUGAAGGCCUCGUCUUUCAGCGCAAUCGCAUAUGUACAUGUGGGCGAAAACCCGUACAACUUGAUGAAGGAGGCUUAUAGUGCCAUAAGAGUGCAUCUCAACACAUUUAGGCUCUUGGAGGAAAAGACAGUGCCCUCUCUGGCGGAUAAGUUCGGUUGGUGCACUUGGGACGCAUUUUACCUAACGGUGGAACCCGCCGGGGUUUGGCAUGGGCUGAAGGACUUUGCAGAUGCGGGACUGAGCCCCCGGUUCCUUAUAAUUGAUGAUGGGUGGCAAAGCAUCAACUUUGACGGGCAAGACCCGACCCAGGACGCCAAGAAUCUUGUACUCGGGGGAACGCAGAUGACUGCCCGCCUCUACCGUUUCGAGGAGUGUCACAAGUUUCGGAAGUACAAGGGUGGAUCACUGAUGGGCACCAACGCCCCCUCCUUUGACCCGACGAGGCCCAAGAUGCUCAUUGCCAAGGCUAUAGAGAUCGAGCGCACCGAGAAGGAGCGGGACAAGGCGGUCUCCUUGGGGACUACCGACCUGACCCAGUUUGAGGCCAGGAUCGCGAAAUUGAAGAAAGAACUUGAGGCCAUGUUCGGGGAGGAAGAGAAUGAAGGUUCAAUGGACUGUUCAUAUAAGGAGCAGAACUUUGGUAUGAAGGCCUUCACAAGAGAUCUGAGAGCCAACUUCAAGGGGUUGGACGAUAUCUACGUGUGGCAUGCUCUAUGCGGAGCGUGGGGCGGGGUGAGACCUGGGUCGACCCAUCUCGACUCAAAGGUAGUUCCCUGUAAACUAUCUCCCGGGCUCGACCGCACGAUGGAGGAUCUUGCAGUCGUGAAAGUUGUUGAAGCAGGGAUCGGGCUAGUCAAUCCUAGUCAAGCCGAAGACCUCUACGACUCUAUGCACUCUUAUUAUGCCGAAGCCGGUAUCACCGGAGUGAAAUUGGACGUCAUUCACGAUCUUGAAUAUGUUUGCGAAGAAUAUGGGGGAAGGGUUGAGCUUGCUAAGGCCUACUACAAAGGGCUGUCGAAUUCCCUGUCGAAGAACUUCAAGGGAAGUGGACUUAUCUCAAGCAUGCAACAGUGCAAUGACUUUUUUCUCCUCGGCACUAGACAGAUUUCCUUUGGAAGAGCCGGUGAUGAUUUCUGGUUCCAAGACCCGAACGGAGACCCAAUGGGGGUGUACUGGCUGCAGGGAGUGCACAUGAUCCAUUGUGCCUACAAUAGUAUGUGGAUGGGCCAGAUUAUCCAGCCUGACUGGGAUAUGUUCCAAUCGGAUCACCUGUGCGCCAAAUUCCACGCUGGAUCUAGGGCCAUCUGUGGCGGACCCGUAUAUGUUAGUGACUGUGUUGGUGGUCACGACUUUGAUUUGCUCAAGAAGCUGGUGUUCCCGGAUGGUACCAUACCCAAGUGCCAGCACUUCGCUCUCCCUACCCGUGACUGCCUGUUCAAGAACCCGCUCUUCGACACGAAGACUGUCUUGAAGAUUUGGAACCUAAACAAGUUUGGAGGUGUGAUUGGGACAUUCAACUGCCAAGGAGCCGGGUGGGACCCGAAGGAGCAGAGGAUCCGUGGCUACUCCGAAUGCUACAAGCCUAUGUCCUGCUCCAUACAUGUCACGGACAUCGAGUGGGAUCAAAUGCUGCAAUCUGCGCCCAUGGGCUCUGCCGGAGAGUACUCCGUCUACCUGAACCAGGCGGAGCAGCUCUUCCUUACCGAUGUCCAAUCCGACCCGGUCCAAAUCAAGGUCCAGCCUUCCUCGUUCGAGAUUUUCACAUUCGUCCCAGUCAGGACCGUGGGCCCUGCCGCGACCAAGUUUGCCCCGAUCGGGCUCGCCAACAUGUUUAACAGUGGAGGAGCAAUUCAGGAGCUGGAGUACGGCGGCGUCUUCAGCGUCAAGAUGAGGGUGAAGGGCGGGGGCAAGCUAUUGGCCUACUCGAGUGGGGCCCCGAGGUGCUGUUCCGUAAACGGUGGUGACGUGGCAUUCAGCUGGUCUCCUGACGGGAAACUUACCGUGGAUCUUCCAUGGGUUGAAGAAGCAGGAGGCACUUCGGACAUAACUUUAUAUUUUUAAUUAAGAAAAUAAAAUAUUUGUAAGUAAUAUAUAUAUAUACACACAUUUUUGGGGUUAAUGUUUGUUUUAAUAACUUAACAAACUUAAAUUUUGUACAGUGUAAUUUUCCCAAUUUAUAAUGUAUAUAAAUGAAUAUAUGUCAUGUAUUGACUUACUGCAGAGGUCUAAUUUAUUCUCAAUAUAUGAUGUA